CAAGUUUUAAGCUUAUUUAAGGAUUAACUUAAACUUGUAAAUAACAGUUUUCCGCCGGCGUUCGAAUUGGAGAGGUCUCCUUGAUCAAGUGCGUUUUACGAGUUCGAGAACUUUGCGACACUCUCCUUAAAACUAAAGACAAGUUCAGUAAUACGCAAUACAAUACAAUAAUUCGCCAAAAUGUUACCCAAGAUUUUUAUAGCACUCACCGUCAUCCUUGGCCUUAUUCGGUUUAGAAGUGUGUUUAUUAAGAAGUUGGUUAUUUUAAAAUAUCAUUUAAAACUGUCAUCAUACUAUGUGUUUCUUACUUUAACUUCGACGUUAGUUCUGCCGUUAUUACUCUUUCGGCCGAAGCAUUACAUGAAUGGGAUAAUAACAUCGAGCGUUAUGAGACAAAUCACAAAACUCUACGGAGUGAAAUGGCAUAUCCGCAAUGGAGAAAUACUGGCCGAGGAUCGAGGAGCUGUCAUUAUAAGCAAUCAUCAGUCAAUUCUAGACAUAGCAGGAAUGAACUUCGCAUGGCAAGUGAUAUGGAAACUGGUAUUGAUUGCAAAAAAGGAAGUUCUAUACACAGGUCCCUUAGGCAUCGUCACAUAUCUCUGUGGAUCCUUAUUCAUCGAUAGAAAGAAACCGAAUGAAGCUUACAAAGUCCUAGAGUCCGCAAAACAGCUUAUGCAGCAAAAUAAGACCAAGAUAUGGAUAUUCCCCGAAGGCACGAGGAACACGAAAUGGGACGGGAAGUUAUUACCCUUCAAGAAAGGUGCUUUCAAUGUAGCAGUAUCUGCGCAGGUCCCGAUCAUUCCUCUUGUAUAUUCACCCUACUAUUUCAUUGACAAGGAUAAAUAUAUUUUCAAUAGAGGUCACAUGAUACUACAGUGCUUGGAACCGGUGCCUACUGAAGGAUUAACUUUGGACGAUGUCCCAGCCCUCGCCGACCGCAUGUACCAGCUCAUGUCUCGCACCUUCGAACAGCUGUCCAAGGAAGUCCAAUCAGCCCCGGAAUGCCAGUGAAAAUAUGAGCUGAAGAAUUUUGAUAAGACUUGACUGAUAAGAUAGUAGAUUAACUAU